AUGUACCUACGCUUUCUUGCGUAUGCCAUCCUGGCACUUGACGGUGUUGUCCGUGAUGCCACUGGUACAUUGAUGAUUGCCGAUGAUACGCAACUUGAAGAAUACAGUAUCUAUGUCUUCAGUCUAUCCACACCAGUCGCUGCCGAAGAACUUGCCGCAGGUCGAGCCGAUCUGUGGGACCGAGUCUACUCGCGCGACGAGUGUCAUGACACUAUCUUUACGCGAGAUGGCAUAUCCCUUGUCAAUGAAGUCCCUGAUAUGCUUUCACAAGCUUUACAUGUUGUAGCCUAUGCACGAGGUACACCGUGGCUCCUACACCUCAUUAGUAUGCGUAGAGGAUUUGAAGACUGCGAAGGCGUAGAAAACUUGGAGAACAUUGACGUUCCUAGAAAUGGCUUCUGUGGACAGUUUACACUUCAUCCGUAUUAUGAUUGUCAUACUCCAAAUCAUGUCCCUCGAACAAAUGAUAUACCAUCUUCACCCCUCUGCAAUCGCCGCGGCGAAUCUCCUCCCUCUGAUUCACGAUACACACUUCAAUUUCUAGAUGAUAAUCCCAUAUUUGAGCAGAACUAUAUACCGAACAAUACCGACGGUGCUUCCCACCGUGGUCAUAAUUCAUCGUUCCGUCCCUUUACUUUCCUUCUCCAUUAUCGCUAUGGUCCCUCGGCUCUUGUACACGAGGCAACUGUCCCUGUAGGUCGGUCUAUGAAGCUUCGACAUGACCGGGCAAAAGAGAGGAAGCGUAAGAAGUCUGAACGACAGGAAGGAGCAAUGGACAACACUCUUUGGACAAUCAAGGCGGUCUUUGAAGCCUACGAUCCUCUCGAUGUCCUGAAGAUGAUUUUGCCAUGGUACGAUAACGAAAUUGAGGAGGCUUUCGACUAG